UCCGGGCUGUGUUGUCCUGCUUACUACAUAAUCCGCCUGCCUACUAUCCAUCUCAUAACGCAUUCUCGUCCUGCAGUGUGACUUUUCCCAUCUCCAUCUUCGCUCUCCCAAACAUUCCCACCACCUGUUAUCGAUCGCCGACGGCAAACCACGCUCGCUUCCAAGACUGGCAUCCAUCGCUAUCGCUGGCGGCAGGCAGGGAUAGCAGCACUACGGCUCCGACUUUUGCGCCCUAGUUGCAUCGUCGCUCACGCCCACCAUGGCCGCCACCACGCAGAACUUCUACGAGUUGUACCGACGAAGCAGCGUCGGCGCCGCUCUGACCGACACCCUCGAUGACCUCAUCACCGACCACCAGAUCGACCCCCAGCUCGCCAUGAAGGUCCUCGCCAACUUCGACCGCGCCAUCACCGAGGUCCUCCAGGAGAAGGUCAAGGCGCGCCUCUCUUUCAAGGGAAGCCUAGACACCUACCGGUUCUGCGACGAAGUCUGGACCUUCCAGCUGAAGAACGUGAUCUUCAAGAUGGACAACAAUAGCCAAGCCGUAUCGGCCGAUAAGGUUAAGAUAGUCUCGUGCACGGCGAAGCCGACCGGCAACGGCCCGUGAGCGCGCUGCCACUUGCCUUCCUUCGAGCGAGGCUCCCCCAGAGCCGCCUUUCCAAGUCUACAGAUGCCAGUCCUGACGCUGCGACGGCAUUGAUUUACCCGAUACCCUGUCUUAUUCGUGCUUACGCCGUUACCUACCGCCCGGACACGCCGCUCGGGUGUUGGCGUGGGUAGUCAGUGCUACGCGUCUCCGUUCGUCGCGCCGGUGCAGGGGCUCUGCAUGGCACGAGAGCAAAACUGAGGCUCGGAACGCGACAUUCCUCGAGGAGCUAUGACGAGGCAGGCUUGUUAUGCAUAAUACGGCGCGAUGCGUUACGCGGGGCUAGUAGCUUUUUACGUGUUUUUACGCAAGGAAGCGAGAGGGUGGGAUUGGCAGGAUAGUCGUAGAGGGAAAGAUUGCCAUCGCUUUAACAAUGAGCCGAAUAUGCGUCAGGCUCGUGGGUUUUCCUUUUUUCUUACUGCGGUUCAUAGGCAGUACGUAACGGCCAUCCGACACUGGAUAGAAUUGGAACUUAGAUAAAUCGAUUUUAUUUAUCUCCCA